AUGGCGUCUCUGUCUUCGGGCUACUCAUGCACGUAUUCUUCCAUGUACUUCUUUGAUUCUACGUUGUUAUUUACCAUUGGUCUGUUUCUGAACGGAGAAACAUACAUUAAUUAUUUUUUGCCACUUUCUACCAUCUUGUUUUAUUCGUGGACUAAUUGGAAGUCUUCUGUCGAAACAAAAUACUUGGUACUAAUUACGAACAUUUACGAAGUUUGCAAAGAAAGUACACCUGUUCAACAUGCACUCGCUAACUCUGGAGGGGAAAGAAAUGAAAGCGCUAACGAUGCUGAAACUCAGCCUCAUGUUAUAAAAUUAAAUAGUGAUGGAGAACCAAUUAUUCCCAAACAACUGUAUGAUAAAGUCAGGAAAACGUUCCUGCCGUACCAUCGAGUUCUGUUUUACUAUUUUCAGGGAAUAUUCUUUGUUACAGUCUUCGCCUACUUUUUAUACACAAUGAUGUCAUUGUCCGAGAAAUCCGGUAUCACAAGCAGUGUUCAAAUAAUCGGUUCUAUGGCCGCCACUACAUUACCGAUUAUUUUCGACUUCGUUUGGAAAAAGAAUAGCGACGAACAAAAAGCGGCGAACGCCAUUGCCUUGAAGUCAAAACUGAAACGAGUUUUGAAAGUUUACAGUUCCAAUGAAACUAGUGGGCAAAUUAAAGUGGAGGUAAUUGAAUAACAGAACGAUGACAACUGGGUCUUCAAAAAAUAACAUCAGUUAUGAAAAUGGAAGGAGUCAGUGUACUUCCAUGGAGGUUUACUUGACUGAUUUUUAGUCUUGAAAUGCUUAAUUAUAACAGUACAUAAUUUGUGGUGGCGCAAAAAAUUUCCCGACAAAGGAGCUAAGGUCCCCGACAGGGGGCUAAGAUUGUACAGGCAAAAACCUUUUCCGGGAGGGGGGGGGGGGGGGAAGGGAAAGGCACGCUUCCUCAAUUUUUUUUUUGAAUUUUGAGUCUGUGAAACGGUGUAUCCAAUCCACCAUCUUGAGGAUAUCAUGCAUACGCUAGAAUACAAAUGUCUUCAACAGUCUGUUUAACAAUCUUUUCCCCGACAAAAUACUAAUUUUUCCUUGACAGGGGGAAGGGGGUGGGGGCUAGCCUCCCCGACAAGUUGCUGUACCCCCUGCCCCCUCUUACGCCACCCUAUAGAUAUAAUUGUUUCUGAUACUAAGAAUAGAUUGAAUUUAUAAAAUUAUAUGUAAAUGAAUAAUUAUUUAGAAUUUAGUAUAUACAAAUGAACAUAGUGUUUGUUGUGAAAUAGAAUAACUGCGUAAGAGUUUAAAAGUAAAUUGCACGUUUUAAUGAUUCAGUACACUUUAGGCCGGUUUGACAUGAUUGCAUUGCUAAUUGAACAUAUCUUGAAAGUUGAUAAACAUGAAAACGACACAACUUUUGUGGAAUUGAUUAACAUUAAUAAAAGUACAUAUUGUUUGUUUUUUAUUUCGUCUCAGAGUUUUCUAAUUUGUGCUGGAAGCCUGUACGUCAGUCUUGCUGUCACUGGCAGAGGCUCUGCUAUCUUGAACUGUAUCCAAAAGUGA